AGCCAACUAAAUUUACAACGCUGCCCACGGCAUUGUCAGAUAGGCGCUCCGUAUUAUGUCAAAACCAUGGUAUUUUACACCCACGGACUAAACUUCUGUAGUUUGUUGAUACUUUGUUUUUCUCAAUACUUUGCUAUCAAACAUAGCCAUGAUGUUGAAUUUGCAGCGCACACUAAUUCAAGAACCGUGCGUACGUGCACGCACGUCGUCUGUGCACCAGCGUGCGUGGUGCGUACGUGCACGACUUAUAACCAAUCAAUGCUUUUAAAUCGAUGCACGACUUGAUCAACAGCGCACAGUCAGCGACGUGGCAACCACAACAGCAAGCCGCUUCCAUUUGCUUCUUCCAUGGAACUGAUCAUCAUACGAGUUGGCAGAUUGGUUAUCCAGCUCCCGAACAAACGCUGGGAACAUCGCAAUGGCAAUGGCGACACCACCGCACAAGCUCGCCACGAUGGUCGGAUGGUCGGCCUCGGCAUUCGUCGCCGCCGUGCUCGCCCGCCUGAUCCGCAAGGGCAUCGCGCUGCUGGCCGAGCUCGACGAGGCCGCGGUGGGCCACCUGCGUCGCCUGGAGGGGCUCCUCGCGGCCGUCUGGCGCGUGCUCGACGCGGCCGACGCCGGCGCCAUCGACUCGAGCCAGCGCCCCAUCCAGGACCUGCUCGACGCGGCAUGCUCCGCGGACGACGCCCUCGACGACCUCGAGUACGCGCUCCGUCAUGCCGAGGCGGCCGGAGGCGGCGAUCCCGGGUCGAACGCCAGCACGCCGGCCUCGGUCGCCGGCGCCGGCGCCACCAGGAAACCACGCAGCCCUAUGAGGUUCUUGCUGUGCUUCAGCCCACCAAGAACCGCUUCAUCUGCUGGCAGCUCCCUUUGGAAAUGCUCAAGCAAGAAGAGGAGCAGCGCCGUCAAUGCCAAUCUGGACGGACUAAGAGAAGCAUUUGAGGCCGUGGCUCAGGCCGCCUACAGGUGCACGUCCAUGUACGAGCACGUCGUGCCGCGGAAGAACUACGCCACCAUCGUCUCCGUAAAAUCGCCAGGGGACGCCGUACGUGAUAAGUACGACAUCUUCGGCAGGGAGGCCGAGGUGGACCAGAUCGUGAAGGCGGUGAGGCUCGGCGACGACCUGCGUUACCGCCUUGGCGUCGGCGUGCUCCCCGUCGUCGGCGCCGAGGGGGUCGGCAAGACGGCGCUCACCCAGCUCAUCUUCCACCACGAGAUCAUCAAGGCCGAGUUUCCCCUGCGCAUGUGGGCGCACGUCUCUGGCGAGCUCCUGCUCAGUAAGCAGCUCAUGCUCCAGAUGAUCCAUCCGGUGGUUGCAGGAGACGCCGGCCAUGACAUCCAAGACGCCAGGGAGCUUCUGCUGGCCCAGCUGGCCGGCAAGAGGUUCCUCCUCGUGCUCGACCGCAUCACAGAUGUCAGCGAUGCCCAGUGGAGAGAUCUGAUGGAGGUGCUGCAACCAGCUGCUCGGAGGAGCUUGAUCAUGGUGACAACUCAAUCCGAAGAUGCCGCCGCAGCUAUGGGGACAAUGACCCCGCUGAUCCUCGGGCCUCUGGCAUUCGAUGACUACUGGAGGAUGUUCAAGCAUUUCGCAUUUGGGGCUGCAGAUGAAGCCGAAGAAGACUGCACUCCGCUGGUGGAUGAAUGGGACGACCUCGAAGAGGAGGAGGAGCUAUCACCCAUGGAGCAAGUCGCAUGCCAAAUAGCCAAGAACAUGGGCUGCUCACCGUUACCGGCACGGGCAAUCGGGCGUUCACUCUACUUCCGGCGGGACGAAGAAGGCCACUGGAAAGAUGUCCUGGAUGACAACUUGUGGCAGCAGGGGGAAAUCGGCGGGAUCUCGCCGGCGCUCUGGCUGAGCUACCAGCACCUUGAUCCCCGCCUCAAGCAGUGCUUCGCAUACUGUGCGGUGUUUCCAGGUGACUAUGUCUUCCGAAAGGAAGAACUGGAGCAGAUGUGGGUAGCACAUGGGUUCAUAUAUUCCGAUGAUCCCGCGGCGACAUUGGAGGACGUCGCCGGCGAGUUCUUCGAUGAGCUUGUCGAACGAUGCUUCUUCCAGCCUCUGGGAAGGAACAGAUACGUCAUGCACCACACGAUGCAGAGGCUGUCGCGAGCAGUCUCAGGGAGCCAGUUUCACAUGGUCACUGAUAGCUCAGGUGAAGUGCCACAGGAAGUUCGUCACCUGACAAUCACAACUAACAACCUGCUGAAGCUGAAGAUGGAUCUGGCAUUGCAGCUCUCACAUCCCUCCGAUCACCAUUUCCUCCAGCGGGUCCGCACAAUCCUGUUCUUCGAAGAUUUUGGCGAUUCAGAUGAUUUCUUGGAAGUUCUAGCCGAGGUUUUCUCGAUCGCAAAGAGCGUGAGGGUCCUCGGCUUAUCGUCUGCAAACAUUUCACUUCUGCCUGCUGAGAUCGGCCUGCUCCGACACCUCCGGUAUCUCAACCUGUCCAGGAACAGACUCACUGAACUUCCAGAGACAAUGUGCCAGCUCCACCUGCUGCAGGUCCUUGACGUCAAGUGCAACUCUCCGUACCUCCGUCCUCCCAAUGGCAUGACAAACUUGAUUCAUCUGAGGCAUCUGCGUGCAUGUGAAGCUUUCCUUUCGGCCAUACCUGACAUCCAACUACUCUCAAAUCUGCAAGAACUGGAGGCAAUCUGCAUCAAGAGUGGCGCGCAUGCCAAUGCCCUACGCCAAAUGGUGCAGCUCAAAGGCGCGCUUCGCGUUGCGAAUCUCCGGCGGAGCGAUGCCAGUGGGUUCAUGAAGGGUAUCCUGAAGGGAACAAAGCACCUGAACAAAUUACAGCACCUGAGCAAACUACACCUGUCAUGGCCUAGCAGUUCCAUGGCCGGAAGCAACGAGGUUUCAGGUGAUGAAGAGCUGCUUGAGUGCCUGCAGCCACAUGAGAACAUAGAGAUUCUGACGGUUUCGGGCUAUGCAGGAAUAAGGUCUCCACCAUGGAUGCUGAAGACCUCUUGCUCCCUGCCGAAUGUUACAUCUAUGUGCUUGACAGAUUGCCUGAACUGGGAGAGCCUGCCUUGCUUGCAUGACAUGCCUUGCCUCGAGGUCCUUGAGAUCAAGAGGAUGCACUCUGUCAACAAGGUGGCCAUUUCUCAACUAUCAGAUCAAGAAUUGUUCCCGAAGCUCAAAAGGCUCAUCAUCGAAGACGCUUCGCAUUUCACCGGAUGGUCGACCGGCAACUCGACAAGACACAUGUCAUUCCCCUGCCUCUGCAAGCUGGAGAUAAGAAACUGUCCCAGCCUGACGACCUUUCCGGACGUCCCCCUUACGCUCACCACCAUGAUCAUUGAAAAUGUUGGUCUCGAGCUGCUGCCAAUGAUUCAUGACAAGCAGUCAUCAUCAGAAGAAGCAAUGUCAUCAACAUCAGAGGAAGGUGGUAGAUGGACGUCGCGGCUCACCACGUUACACAUACACCGGUGCCACAAGCUGAGGUCCCUGGGAUCCGGCCUUCUUCAGCAGCAGCACCUCCUGCGGUCUCUCGAGGCUCUGUCGAUCAAGAGCUGUGACGAUGUCGCCUGCGAUCUGCCCGACGGCUUCAAGGAUCUCACCGCGCUGAGGGACCUCUCACUGUACGACUGCCCGAAGCUGCUCGUGGACAAGUUCCACGCGUCGCUGCGGACGCUGGAGAUCAGCGAGUGCUUCGUCGCGCGGGGCGGGUGGGUGGACGAGUACCCUUUCCUCUUCUCGGUGUGGGUGCUGAAGAUCAGCGGCUGCUCGCACGUGAGCUCCGAUCAUGGCGGCAAGGUUGCUGAGUCUCUGGACUGGCUGAGCUCCAUGUUCAACGUGUACAGCCUUCAGCUGGAGAACACGUCGUUUGUGACCCUGAACAUGUUUGACAAGCUCCAUUUUCUCGAGACACUCGAGAUCGACGGGAGCCGUGGCGCGUUCUUUGACGGUUCCUGGGAGUUUGAGUGGCUGGAGAAGCUGCACACCCUGAGCAUCAGAGGCUGCGGUGAACUGAGUGAGCUGCCGGAGAACCUGUACACUCUGCCUGCGCUGGAAGAGCUGUGUGUGGACAACUGCCCGGCCAUUCAGGCACUGCCGGCGAACGGCUUGCCGGCGUCGCUGAAGAGGCUCUCCAUAUCCAAGUGCAGUCCGGAGCUGAUCCAGAGGUGCCUCGACGACGAACUUGAUCGGCCCAAGAUUGCCAAGGUUGGUGUCGUUUACAUUGAUGGGCAUAAUAUUGCUGCUCGGCAGGAGUAGUGCGGCAUUCUUGUUCCCCUGUAUCUGCAGACAUUGUCUGAUUGAUUGAAGUAGUACUUGAUCAAUGCAUCCAUCUGAAUCGUAUGAAACCUACUGUAUUAUAUUGCUUCGGACUGUUGGCAUAGAGAUUGAGAUGACAUUGGUACCUGCAAUUCAGUUUUUGCGAAGCUGUGAACUCCACAUUUUCCCAUUUGCACGCACACUUUGU